AUGACUAGUUAUCAAGCACAAUGUGAUCAAUUAUUAAGUAGUGGAAAGGCAACAGGUGUUGCAAUUAUAAAUGCUAUUGAUGGUAAUACAUUUGUUUUUGGUGGUUCUAGAUUUAAUUUAAAAGAUGGUGAGGGUGGUGCCAUUGUUUCUCAAUUUAGAUAUCCAAAAAUCGCAUUAGCAAAUGGUGUUAUUGUUAAUGGUAUUAGAUACACUGCAUACAAAGCUGAUUCAAGAAGUUUCUAUACUAGAAAUGGUGCCACAGGUGUUGCUUUAGCCAGAGCUUGGAAAUCUAUUGUAAUUGUUUUCUAUAAUGAAACUAUAUCGGGUCCUAAUGCCAUAUUUGCAUGUGAAGGUGCUGCAGAUGCCCUUGGUAAAAAUCGUCUUUAA